AUGAAGCAUUUGUUAUUAUUUCACAUAACCGCGUUGCUUCUGCUUCUACAUACCUCAGUACAACUUAAUGGUGCGAAACAAGAGUCAUCCAAUUCGUACGAUAUUAUUUGCACUUUACAAAGUUUAACAGAUAAUUUGAAGAUAGAUGAAUUGGUUCUUUCCAUAUCUGACUAUGAAAUAGAGGAACAAAUAACUUCAGUUGUCGAGGAGUUAUCACUUGAUCGUGGAACAAUCACUGAAUAUGUGAACUGCUUGAAAUUAAUAAUGAAAGAGCAGUCAGAGUACGAUUUUAAAGAAGAGUUUCAGAGCAUAAUAUCCGACAUAAAUUCAUUUGAUAUAAAGGUGUCCGAAUCUUCCAUUCUACAAGAGUGCCUGAACACAGAAAUGACUAAUUAUAGAGCUUCAUUGUUAACAAGUAAAAGAUGUGAAAUACCUGAACCGAAAACUCACGAAGAAAUUUCCCAGUUACUUACAUUAGUUUUCAAAAGAUACGAAAUUGUAACGAAUUACAAUAAACAUUUACUGAAACAUCGUCUUCUAACAAAUAUUGUCAAUGAAGUUAAUCGUCGAAACACAAAAGUGUGAAUUUCUAGAUGAUGGUCGAAAGUUGUCGAAG